AUGGACGUGUCCGAUAUCCUUGCCUCGCAAAAAUCAAAAGAGAGGUCCACGGCUGUGGAGAAGGAGGUUCCUCUCGACGUAGACGCAGGCCUCCUCACAGUGACCGACUUGAACCCCGUCGACGCCGAAGAUUACAACUCCAGCGUCGAGGACUACCUACAGUCCGUAGCACGCGAUGGCGUGCAAGCCUUACUCGGCGCGUUGUUCUCGUUACCCACAUCGAGUUCGCCGGACGGCCCUGUUGCGCAACUACCACCCGCGACAACACAGCUUCCUCGCGCUAAGCCGUUACCCAAACCGAAGCCACCGACCAAGUGGGAACAGUUCGCUAAAGCGAAGGGUAUCCAGAAGAAACGCAAGGAUAAGGUUGUUUGGGACGAGGAGAAGCAAGAAUGGGUCAAUCGCUGGGGUCGUGAUGGGAAAAACAAGGAGAAGGAGACUCAGUGGGCGACCGAGGUUCCCGCCAACGCGGACGUGGAACAUAAUCCUGCCAAGGUCGCUAGAGACGCAAGAAAGGCGAGGGUGGCCAAGAACGAAAAACAAAAACUGCAGAAUAUGGCAAGGGCACAGGGUGUGGGUGAAAAAGAGAAGAGGAAAGUGGAUAUAGACCGCACUCUAGCGACCACGAGGAUAAGCACCGCAAGCUUGGGCCGCUUCGAUAAGACGCUUGAGGGAGAGAAGAAGCUGAAGGGGGUCAAGCGGAAGUUUACUCCCACCGAGUCCUCCGCUGCAGAGGAGAAAAAGGCAUCAUUGGCGUUGCUAUCAAAACUGGACAGCGACGCCAGGAAGAAAACUCGAAAAGACGAAACCGACAGCGGAGGAUCUGACGUACUUAACGUCCGCAAAGCCGUCCGAUUCGCUAGCAAAGGACAAGGCGGCGCGGCACUUGGAAGACAACAAGCGAAAGGACCACGGAAGGGCAAACGGUGAUCUCCUGGUGACCUACGCGGGCUUCUUCGGUAUGACAUGAUUCAUAUAUGGUUACAUGCUACACAUGCGACUGCCCGUAUCGGGCUAUACACAAGUCGGUUCUACUUGAGUGUAUUCUCGACAGGAAGACGGUCCAUCCUUGCCUUGCCUUCCUCAAUCCACUCCUUCUUCACUAAUCGAUCUCGGCUCGCAUAAUAUAGCUUGUACACGAGCCUGAUAGUUCCUUCGCUCACGCCAGCAACGGUGCUGAUGUCCUUCGCUGUCUUCCCCUUGCCUAACAGAUGCGAUGUGAAGUAGAUCGCGCCGCCCGCAAUAGACACAGGGCUCCUGCCGGCGGCAAUGCCGUGCUUGCUCGCUUCGACGAUGACUUCGCGGCAAACGUGCUGGACGUUGGGAGGAAGAUCGAGGUGGUUGCAAAACCGUAUGAGCAGGUCUUCGGGUCCAGGAAUCUUUCCUGGAGCCAACGAGUUCUGCGCCGUCGCACCGGAAUUCAGAUUGAAAGCCUGCUCCAGCGUCUUGUAACACUGCCCGAGCGCCUUUUUUGGCACCUUCGUGAGGUUGCAAAUUUCGCGGAAGGUUCGAGGCACGCGUGCCUGUCGACAUGCGAUGAAGAUACAUGCUGCCACGACGGCUUCAAAGGGUUUGCCGCGUAAAAGCUUUUCUUCGUCCGAACGUUUGUAAAGCUGCUUCGCGAUGUCGCUUAUGGUCUUCGGCAGGGUAAAUGCAUCGCAUAGUGUCGAAAUCUCACGAAACGCGGACAGUAUGUUUCGUUCAGAGCGGGAGGACUGGGACCGGGAUGCAGCGCGCUGCAACUCUCUGGCAACCCCGGAACCGCCGUCGCGGAAGGAAAUGACGGUAUCAAGUUGCUCGAUGCCGUCCAUCAGAGGAUCUGAAGCUGCUCCGACACGCGAUGGGUCGUCACCCUCGUCGUUGGCGAAUGU